AUGUUAAGUGGAAUAAAUCCAUUAUCAGACGAAGUAAAUCGUCAAUCGAGUGCAAUAGCUAAACGUCGUGAACAAUUACGUCGUUGGGAUGAAUCAGAAACAAAUCGAGAAUCAUCAAAUGUUAAAAUAUCUCAACGUGUCAAAUUUCAACAAGCAUAUGUUUUUUUAGCUGCAUGUUCAUCUUCAGAUCGGGAUGAAGUUGAAAAAUUAUUACAACGUGGUGUUGAUAUAAAUACAUCAAAUAUCGAUGGACUUACAGCACUUCAUCAAGCAUGUAUUGACAAUAAUUUGCUCAUGGUUGAAUAUUUGCUCAAUCGUUCUGCCGAUAUUAAUUGUCAAGACAAUGAAGGAUGGACACCUUUACAUGCUGCUGCAUCCUGUGGAAAUCUUGAUAUUGUCAAAUAUUUAUUAUCUCGUGGUGCUAUUGUUGAUGUUUGUAAUAAUGAAGGUGAAUUACCAAUUGAUAUAGCUGAAGGUGAUGAUAUAAUUGCUUGUUUGGAAGAAGAUAUGAGAAGAAAAGGAAUUGAUGAUGAACAAGCAAGAAAUAUUGAACAUGCCUUAAUGCUUAAACAUGCACAAGAUUGGUUAAAUAAUAAUCAAAAAUCAAAUAAUAAAUCUUUAGCUGAAACAAUUGUACAUGCUAGAACUGGUGCUACUGCUUUACAUGUUGCUUGUGCUAAAGGAUAUAUAGAUGUUAUUGAUAUAUUAAUACGUGCUGGUGCAAAUAUUAAUUCAGUUGAUAAUGAUGGUUGGACACCAUUACAUGCAGCUGCACAUUGGGAUAAACAUGAUGUUAUUAAAUUUCUUCUUGAACGAAACGCCGAUUUAAAUGCAAAAAAUUAUGCAGGUCAAACACCACUUGAUGUUUGUGAUGGUGUUACUCAUGAAUUAUUAAAAGAAUUGAAAGAAAAACAAGCUCCUAUAAAAACACAAGUUAAUGAAACGCCAGAUAAUGUUCUUUUACCAUGGAAGAGAAAGCCUGUACCUUCUCGACCAACAGAUGAACAAAAAUCAAUUCUUCGAUCUGAAUCACAUAAUGAGAAUUUAGAAACAACAAAUAAAUCUCCUCAGCCUUGUUUACCCUCAUCUCCCUUACCUUUAUCAGUAAAUCCUGCAUCUGUUGAUGAGAAUUUAUCCAAUUGUUCACCUAGUAUAAAGGAAAAAUUAAGUAAUCUUCAACGAUCAUUACAUGAUUUAAGUAAUCGAUAUUUAAAAACAAAUCAAGAUGAGCAAUCAAAUACAUCAACAACAAGUAGUUCAACAAGUAAUGAUCUUAAUAAAUCAAAUAUAUCUUCAUAUGAUCAACGAACAAAACAAACUUAUGAUAAAACAGUAUCGAAUUUACCGACAACAACAAAUCGACCAACAUUUUUAUCAACAAAUAAAUAUUCAUUAUCAAAUUCUCAAAGAACAUUUACAAAUCCGCUUCAAUCAUUAACAACAAAUAAUAAUAAUAAUAAUAAUAAUAAUGAUUUAUCCAGUCGUGAGAAUUCAACAACUAAUGUCACUUCAUCUCCUACUCAAUCAUUGGAUUCGAAAAUUAAUCGAAGUUUUAGCGAGACACAGCCAGAGGUGCCACCGAGAAGAUGGGGUACAAAUGAUCGAACAGUGGGUGAUAGUUCAUCAUUAACAUCAAAUAAUACAGGUCCAUAUGUUCGUCGUCGAUCAGGUGCUGGUGUUAAUGAAUCAACAUCAGCAGCACCAUCAACACUUGUUAGUGUAACAACAUCUCUUCCAUCAGUAACAUCAACACCAACAACAAAUGUAACAGUAACAUCAACAGCACCAACAAAUACACUUGAUGAUUCAACUGGUGGAAAACGCCGUUCAAAUGUUCCACCAAGUCGUGAUGAAGAAGCUGAAGCACAACGUAAACAUCGUUCAGCUCAAGCACGACGAGAACGACGAUCAACUCAAAGUGUUACUGUUGAAGAUAUAAAAGCAGCUGAACAACAAAUAAAAAGUCAACCAAUAAUGUCGGAAAUAUCAUCAGCAUCAUCAUCAUCAGGAACAAUUCCACAACCAAUAACAAAUAUUAUUGAAUCAACAUCAAAUGUACCUUUAUCAAAUAAUAAAAUAGGUGCACCAUCAACACCAUCAUUAAUUGCUGAACAUGAUAUUGAAACUGAACGUUUACAACGGGUUAUUGAAGAAAAAAAAGAAAAAGCAAGAAGAGCAAGUGGAGGAAAUGAGGAUAUUGUUGAGACGACUGUUGACGCAUCUUCUUCAUCUGCUGGAUCACGUCGCGUACGAUCGAGAUUUACAUCUGCUGACACUGACAAUAUUGUCCCAUCAAUCACAGCUAACGAUUCCUUGAAUCUUGGUGUUAGUACUUCGUUAGAUUCCCAACAACAACAACCACGACGACGAACUAAUCGUGUACAUAAUCAACGGAAAAAUACAGGAAGAAUUAUUUGGAACGACGAAACCAAAGAAGUAGAAAUUCGUGAUGAUUCAAAUGAUUUAGUUCCAAAAACAUCAUAUCAACAAACAUCUAUUGAAGAAUCUCAUAGAUCAGACGAUCAAAAAUUACAAGAUAACGCUCAACAAUCAACAUCAAAUACUACUACACUUGGUUCGCGUGGUCUUAUAUCCCGUUUUGAAAAUAUUCCAUCAUUAUCAUCAUCAUCAUCAUCAAUAACUAAAGAAUCAUUAACAAAUUUAUCUCCAACAUCACCAUCAUCAUCUUCAUCAACAUCACGAACUAAUCGUUCACAAAGUCAAGAUCCAACAAGAAAAUCUUUACCAACAGCAACUUCUUUGCCCGCCACAACAAUAACAACAACAACAACAACAACAAACCCAAAUACUGUUGUGAAUGGUAUGGCUUCGUCAACACCAUUUGCAUUAAAAAAAGAUUCAAAAGAAAAUACUGCUUUAUCAACUGGAAUAUCAACAACAAGUAGCGAUGCAUUAGCAAUAAAACGAUUGUAUGAGGAUGCUAAACGUAAAGCUGAUGAAUUAACACAAAAAGUUGAUCGAUUAGAACGAGAUAUUGCUGAACGAGAUCAAAUGAUUGAAAAGCUCAAAACGUCACAAUAUAUUGAAUCAUCACUUGAUAAACGAGAAAAACGAGCAUAUGAACGAAAGAUAUCGGAAUUAGAAGAAGAAUUAAAAAAAAUGGACUCAAUCAAAGCAGACAAUACACGUUUGAAAGAAGAAAAUGCUGCAUUGAUUCGUGUCAUCAGUAAACUUUCGAAAUGA